CUCAGGCCAAGCAGCAGUGGUUCCACGCCUGUGGGACCCGCCGAGCCGCUGGUUUAGUGGACUCAGGACGGGAAUUAUGUUAUGGAAACUCAAAUGCAGCAAACUUGCCGUCAUCGAAAAAUCCAUUCACCUCAGCCCUACAGCACCGAGUCGCCAGCAAGUUACUGACGUCAAUCUCGAAUUCGGAUGACCCAGACCGGCGCAACGGCGGAAUGCUAAGGAAUGUUUCCCUUGGCCUAUGUAGUGUCUCUACAUUACAACGCGUCACCAUCGAAGAGACCUUGGGGGGAUGAGUGCCCUUUAAGUAAUCCUUGAGCCACUGCGUGAUGCCUGCCAACCACCCUGCGACGUUCUUACUUCAUCGAUACCCCAAAGAUACCCAUUGAGCAAUCAAAAGGGCCUAAUUUCAAUACCCUUGCUUCCAUUACCCUAUAACAAACUCUUCAACUGAAACAUAUUCAAUAUGUCAAAGAAGUACCCUGCCCCCGAUGCGCCAGUGGUGCGGAUGAUAGUGCUAGAGACCGACAACCCUCAUCCCGACACCCAUGCAGCGAAGGGUAGCUUCGGAGAAAUUCUGCACAAUCACUUCCAGCAUGCUGGCGCUGAACACGACCCGCCGCUAGGAGUCGAUACGGACCAGAAGUUCGUGGUGGAGGAUAAGGGAGGCACAGUCCCAACAUUUGAGGAUUUCGACAGCUAUCAAGGCGUCUUAAUCACCGGAAGCAUGUAUGACGCACACGGAGACAAUCCCUGGAUUCUCAAGCUCCUCGCAGUUCUGCAAGAACUUUGGGAGCGCCGGCCGGAUCUCCACUUGAGCGGCGUGUGCUUCGGCCACCAGCUUCUCAACCGGAUGCUCGGCGCCGAAGUCGCACCAGCGCCCUCGGAAGACUGGGAACUAGGCCACUGCCGAAUCGAUCUUUCGUCGGUGGGCAAGCAACUUUUCAAGACGGAAGAUGAUCAUGUGCACCUCCACCAAAUGCACCAAGACCAAGUCGUCGCACCGCCUACCACCGAGAGCUCCAAGGGUCUAUUGAAGCCGCGCAACAAGGUGGAUGUGUGGGGUCACAGUGAGCACACCAAAGUGCAGGGCGUUUACAUCAAGGGUCGGCUAUUCACUUCGCAGGCGCAUUUGGCGUUUGAUGAGGACAUGGUGAAGAGACAAAUCCAGAUGAGGGUUGAUAGUGGUGGCAUUCAGGACAUGGAACAUGCGGAUCAGGCAGCGGAGACAGCGCAUUGGGAGCAUGAUGGCGACUUGGUCGCUGCUGCUAUCCUCAGGUUUUUCCAUGGCGACGAUGAUGAGAUAGAGUGAACGUUGAUGAGACGUGAGUCAGUUUAUGUGUAUGUGGGUAGUUAUUGCCCUGUCGUUUAGUGGCUUGAAAAAUUCCGAAGUUAAUUCAGUUAUAA